UUAUCUUGAUUGGAGUUAAUCAAGGUCGAGAAGCCACCACAGGCAUUUAACAAGUGAUGGUAUAAGAAAAAACAACUUAAACCAUUUUACAUUGUAAAUUGCUCUCAGUUGAAUAGUAACCGUUUCGGUGGUAAGAUUAACAAUUAAUAACUAAAAUUUGAGUUCUCCAAUCGUGACAACAAUUAAGUUUCAAAUGGAUAUUUCAUUUAAAGGAAAACGAGCCCUUGUAACCGGAGCAGGAAGAGGAAUUGGACGAGAUACAGUUAAGCGUCUUGUUAAAUUAGGUGCAAAGGUCGUGGCCUUAAGUAAGACCAAAGAGGGUCUUGAAUCACUUAAAUUAGAGUUACCAGAAAUUGAAAUUGUUCAAUGUGACCUUGCCAAUUGGGAUGAGACCAAAAAAGCAAUAUCUUCAUUGGAUACAAUUGAUUUGGUUGUUAACAAUGCUGCUUAUGCUAAAUUGGAUCCAAUUGGUUUGGUUGAUGAGGAAACUGUUGACCUGCACUUCAACAUUAACGUCAAGUCGAUCAUCAAUGUUACCCAAGAAGUGGUGAAAAAAUUGAAAGCCCAAGGCAAACCAGGAUCAAUUGUGAACAUCUCAAGCCAAGCGGGAAUGGUGGCCUUACAAGACCAUGUCGCUUAUUGUGCUUCCAAGGGUGCGGUUGAUCAGAUCACUCGUGUUUCAGCCCUUGAACUUGGUCCAUUCGGUAUUCGUUGUAAUUCAAUCAACCCGACGGUCGUUGAAACCGACAUGGGUAAAAAAGGCUGGUCUGAUCCCGUUAAGCGCAAAUGGAUGAUGGACCGAAUUCCGUUGCAGAAAUUUGCUUCGGUUGAUGAUGUGGUCGACUCAAUUGUCUUCUUAUUAAGUGAUAAAUCAGCAAUGAUCAAUGGUGUUAUAUUGCCCAUCGAUGGUGGAUUUACAGCUUGUUAAGCUCGAUUACAAUCAGUUGAUCGUUUUAAUUUGAUACCAAUUAAAGUAGCAAUUAAUUGAUCGUUUUUGUUUUCGCUUCAAAGAUUAACUUUUAAUUUCAUUAAACCAUAAAUUACAAAACUCCCAGAAAAA